GGGACACUAAGGGUUUUGAAUAACCAUGAGCAACCCUUUUGUAUGGAUUGUGGAGCCACUGGACCCUAAACAGCCUUUGAAGAAGUUCUUUAACCUGAGCAAAUUGGAAGAUGGGAGAUACGCACACCUGCCAUUUUCUAUUCGAGUCCUCUUGGAAGCGGCGAUCCGUAACUGUGAUGAGUUCCUAGUGAAGAAGGGAGAUGUUGAGAAUAUUCUCAACUGGAAAGAGGUGCAACACAAGAAUGUCGAAGUGCCAUUUAAGCCUGCAAGAGUUAUUCUGCAAGACUUCACUGGGGUACCUGCUGUGGUUGACUUUGCUGCGAUGCGUGAUGCUGUGAAGAAACUUGGUGGGGACCCUGAAAAAAUCAAUCCUAUCUGUCCUGCUGAUCUAGUGAUAGAUCACUCCAUCCAGGUUGAUUUUAACAGGCGGUCAGACAGCUUGCAAAAAAAUCAGGACCUGGAAUUUGAAAGGAACAAAGAAAGGUUUGAAUUCUUAAAGUGGGGCUCUCAGGCUUUUAAAAACAUGAGGAUUAUUCCUCCAGGCUCUGGGAUCAUCCACCAAGUGAACUUGGAGUACCUGGCAAGAGUGGUUAUGGAUCAGGAUGGCUACUACUAUCCAGACAGUGUGGUGGGCACUGACUCGCACACCACCAUGAUAGACGGCUUGGGAGUGCUUGGCUGGGGUGUCGGUGGCAUUGAAGCAGAAGCGGUGAUGUUGGGCCAGCCAAUCAGCAUGGUGCUUCCGGAGGUGAUUGGCUAUAAGCUGCUGGGAAACCCUCAGCCACUGGUAACAUCCACUGACAUUGUGCUUACCAUUACCAAGCACCUUCGCCAAGUUGGAGUUGUGGGUAAAUUCGUGGAGUUUUUUGGUCCUGGAGUAGCCCAGCUGUCAAUUGCUGACCGAGCCACCAUUGCCAAUAUGUGUCCAGAGUAUGGAGCAACAGCUGCCUAUUUCCCAGUGGAUGAUAUUAGCAUUGGGUACCUGAUACAAACUGGCCGUGAUAAAGAGAAAGUUAUGUGCACAAAAAAGUAUCUUGAGGCUGUGGGAAUGCUAAGAGACUUCAAGAACUCCUCUCAGGAUCCAGACUUCACACAGGUUGUUGAGUUGGAUCUCCAUACUGUUGUGCCUUGCUGCAGUGGACCAAAAAGACCUCAGGACAAAGUUGCUGUGUCAGAUAUGAAGAAGGACUUUGAGACUUGUCUGGGAGCCAAGCAAGGAUUCAAGGGAUUCCAAAUUGCCCCAAGCCGACAUAACAGCAUAGUCAAAUUUAAUUUUGAGGGCUGUGACUUCGAGCUUGCUCAUGGUUCAGUAGUGAUUGCUGCCAUUACAAGCUGUACAAACACCAGUAACCCCUCAGUUAUGUUGGGAGCAGGAUUACUUGCAAAGAAAGCUGUUGAAGCGGGUUUGACAGUGAAACCAUACAUUAAAACUAGCCUGUCCCCAGGAAGCGGGGUUGUCACUUACUAUCUGAGGGAGAGUGGAGUUAUGAGUUACCUUUCCCAACUAGGGUUUGAUGUGGUGGGUUAUGGCUGUAUGACUUGUAUUGGCAAUAGUGGACCUCUACCAGAGUCUGUUGUUGAGGCCAUUACACAGGGAGACCUCGUAGCGGUGGGUGUGUUGUCUGGCAAUAGGAAUUUCGAAGGGCGUGUCCAUCCCAACACCCGUGCUAACUACCUAGCUUCCCCACCACUGGUAAUAGCCUAUGCAAUUGCAGGGACUGUCCGGAUCGACUUUGAGAGAGAGCCUUUGGGAAUAAAUGCUUCAGGGAAGAAGGUUUUCCUGAAAGAUAUCUGGCCAACAAGAAAUGAGAUUCAGGCUGUUGAGCGUCAAUUUGUUAUUCCUGGGAUGUUCAAGGAGGUCUACCAAAAAAUAGAGACAAUAAAUAAAUCUUGGAAUGCUUUAAAUGCUCCUUCAGAUAAACUAUAUACUUGGAAUCCGAAGUCAACUUACAUCAAGUCUCCACCUUUCUUUGAUGGUCUGACUUUGACUCUUCAGACCCCGAAAACAAUAGAAGAUGCUUAUGUCCUGUUGAGUUUUGGGGAUUCUGUGACAACUGACCACAUAUCUCCAGCUGGAAAUAUAGCAAGAAAUAGUCCUGCGGCCCGUUAUUUGACCAGCAGAGGGUAA